AUGUCGGCAGCAGUGCAGGAUGGGACACACCACGGCAGAGCUCACGCCGCUGUCGAGGCGCUGAAGCACAAGACCGGCCUCAACCACGAUGCCGCAUACGCCCAAGACCGAGCUGUCGAUCCACAACAAACGCGGCAACCGGUCUCUGAUACGGCAGAUGGCAUUGGCGCGGGACCACAGGUCGUGAGCACGUCGGAUAAAAUCGAGGUGCUCUGCGGGCCUUUGAUCAACUACAAGCGAAUGAGCAAUGCCGGCACGGAUCGUCCACAAUGGCACGGCAGCAUCCUGAUCGUCACGAAGCCCGGUAACAAGCCAGGGCAGUUGACGGUGCGCUCUGUCUCGGGAGCGGGUGCGUCAGGCGAACGGGCUUUCAACGGAGAGAGGUUGUUUGAGGAUCCUAAGAAGGGAUUCUGGAGAUUCGAGGUCGAUGUGCCAUUCGAAGAGCAAGAGACGGUUUGGGAGUAUUCGAUACCAAACCUGGUGACUGCAGACGGUCUUCAGCCAUUGAACAGGCCAAAGCGGUUUGUGGUACCUUCGAAGCACGAGAGCAUGCGCAUCAUGUUCCAUUCGUGCAAUGGCUUCAGUGUGGGAACGGACAUGAAUGUGUGGACUGGACCAGUGCUGUGGGACGAUGUUCUUCGCGUACACCAAGAGCAGCCUUUCCAUGUCAUGCUUGGAGGUGGCGACCAGAUCUACAACGACAGUGUACGAGUGGACGGUCCACUUCGACCGUGGACCGACAUUGGCAACCCCAAAAAGCGCCGCGACUUCCCCUUUAAUGAAGAGAUGCGAUCCAAGUGCGACGAUUACUACUUCAACAACUAUGCCAAGUGGUACUCGACCGAGCCAUUCGCAACUGCAAAUGCUCAGAUCCCUCAACUGAACAUCUGGGACGACCACGACAUCAUUGAUGGGUUUGGCUCGUACACCGAUCAUUUCAUGAAGUGCUCUGUGUUCCGUGGCAUUGGCGGUGUUGCGCACAAGUACUAUCUCCUCUUCCAGCACCACAUUCCUCCACCUCCUUCGACAUACACGACCGAUGCGCCCCAGACGACUCGCACGACUGGAAAGACUACCGCGGCGGAUUCUGUCCAGCUGAAGGACACGUUUGUUAUGCUGCCGAAGCGUGAGGAUCCUAGUUGGAUCAUUGGCACCAAGCCUGGGCCAUACGUCGAAGAACGAAGCCGUAGCAUCUACUGCCAACUUGGCAAGCGUAUUGCCUUCCUUGGUAUUGAUGCACGUACGGAACGAACUCGCCAUCAGAUCAACUACCCAGAGACCUACGAUCUGAUAUUCCGGCGUGCGCAUGAUGAGCUGGCGCAGUCGAAUGGCGCGAUCAAGCACUUGGUACUGUUGCUUGGUGUGCCAAUCGCAUAUCCAAGACUGCAGUGGCUCGAGAACAUCCUUCAAUCACCCAUUGUGGGACCCAUCAAGUUCUUGAACAAACGAUUCGGCAUUGCCGGCGGCGUAUUCAACCAGUUUGAUGGAGGUGUCGAUCUUCUGGACGAUCUUGACGACCAUUACACGGCUCAUCAGCACAAGAAGGAACGCAAGAUGCUCAUGCUUCGAUUGCAAGAGCUUUCGAAGAAGCACAGCGUUCGCGUCACGAUCCUGGGCGGUGAUGUUCAUCUCGCAGCCCUAGGACGCUUCUACAGCAAGCCAGAGCUCAAAAUCCCUGCGGAGAAAGACUGGCGAUACAUGCCAAACAUCGUCAGCUCAGCCAUCACCAACAAGCCACCUCCGCAGGCCGUUGCGAACCUGCUAGCGAGAAGAAACAAGAUCCAUCACCUUGACCACGAGACGGACGAGACGCUGCUUGAGAUGUUCGACAAAGACCCAGCAGACGGCCUCGAAGGCAUCAAGCCCAAGAGCGCCAACAACAACCACGCAACGAUGCCCAGCCGAAACUACGCCAUCAUCACCGAGUCACAUUCGCACACGGGUGUACAAACCAACGGUGCUGCGGCAGCCAACGGCGCUGCUAACGGUGCCACCAACGGAGGAGCCCUGAACGUCGAAGCCGCCGCAACCAACACCGCCGACAACACCGACUUCGUCCUGCCCAAGAACCCCCGCGAACCCCUCCACAAAGGCGAGACGGACGCCGGCACGAAACACCCAGCCGCAGGCGGCAUCAAGAAGACCGGUCUUGCAGGAAUCAACGGCCUCGACGUAUCCAUCCGCGUGGAAAUCGAGUCUGGCGGCAAGGAAGGCAAGACGACGGGCUAUGGAAUCAGUAUUCCCGCUUUGGAGUCGGGCGCGUACAAGGACCAGGGGCAGAAGUGGUAG